UAUUGUUUGAACAUUUCAUCUUGAUAAGUCCUGCUAUUAACUAAUUUCUCCACUUUCAUAUGUCAGCAAAAUAUAGACCUGUGAUACCUGUGGCUUGUUUGGGAAUCAUGCAUGAGUGUUGACUCAUACAUCUGCGGGACUUUAUUGACUGCAUGUCAUUAGAUGAGUUCUGUAGAGUUUAAUAAGCAGAAGGAUCGAUGGGAUGUCGGUCAGACUAGAGAGCAUUUAAUGCAAAUGCAAUCCCUGUAAACUCUGCUUAUUGGAUAGAGCUGCUUUUGGAAUGUCGGCGAUAUCUGCGUCUGAGAAAGUGGACGGAUUCACUCGGAAAUCGGUGAGGAAGGCUCAGAGACAGAGGAUUUGUCAGGGCUCGUCUCAGUUUGCGGCGAACAGCAGCAUCAGGCCUGCGGCUCCGGAGAUCUCUGCGCUCCCGCAGCUCAAAGAUGCGUCCUCCACAGAGCAGCAUGAGUUGUUCAUGCAGAAACUACAGCAGUGCUGUGUAAUGUUUGACUUCUUGGACUCAGUCACUGACCUAAAGAGCAAAGAGAUCAAACGAGCCACACUCUACGAACUCGUGGAUUAUGUGUCAACCAACAGAGGUGUGCUGGUGGAGCCUGUCUAUCUUGAGAUCACCACCAUGGUUAGCACAAAUGUAUUCAGAGCGCUUCCACCCAGUGAAAACCCGGACUUUGACCCAGAAGAAGAUGAACCCACUCUAGAAGCCUCCUGGCCCCACAUGCAGAUGGUCUAUGAGUUUUUCCUUAGAUUCCUAGAAAACCCAGACUUCCAACCAAGCACUGCCAAACGUUAUAUUGACCAGAAGUUUGUGCUACAGCUUUUGGAACUGUUUGACAGUGAAGAUCCUCGUGAGAGAGAGUUCUUAAAAACGAUUCUGCAUCGCAUCUAUGGGAAAUUUCUGGGUUUGCGUGCCUUUAUUCGGAAACAGAUCAACAACAUUUUUCUAAGAUUCAUCUAUGAAACUGAGCACUUUAAUGGAGUUGCGGAAUUUUUAGAGAUUCUGGGCAGUAUCAUCAAUGGCUUUGCUCUGCCACUAAAGGCUGAACACAAGCAGUUCCUGAUGAAGAUUCUCAUUCCUCUGCACACUGCCAAAGGACUAGCACUGUUCCAUGCACAGCUGGCGUACUGUGUGGUUCAGUUUAUAGAAAAGGAUCCCACUCUCACUGAGGCGGUGAUUCGUGGUCUUCUUAAAUUUUGGCCCAAGACAUACAGUCAGAAAGAGGUCAUGUUUCUUGGGGAAAUUGAAGAGAUCCUGGACGUUAUUGAACCCACCCAGUUCAAGAAGAUCCAGGAGCCCUUAUUUCAACAAAUCUCUAAAUGUGUAGCCAGUCCCCACUUUCAGGUAGCAGAACGAGCACUGUACUACUGGAACAACGAGUACAUUUUGAGUCUAAUUGAAGAGAAUAAUGCCAAAAUCCUGCCCAUCAUGUUUGGAAGCUUGUACCGGAUCUCCAAAGAACACUGGAACCCGACGAUCGUGACCCUGGUGUACAAUGUAUUAAAAACACUGAUGGAGAUGAACAGCAAACUGUUUGAUGAGUUGACGGCCUCAUACAAAUCCGACAGACAACGAGAGAGGAAGAAAGAGCAGGAACGAGAGGAACUGUGGAGGAAGCUGGAUGAACUGAGACUGCAACAGACAUCAAAGAUCCAGAAUAACAGACAUGAGAUCCAGUUUACCUUCAACAACAACAAUAACAGCAACCUUCAUAAGGAUGAAAACACUUCAGUAGCCAUUACUGACAGUGUUGAGAGCACCACCUGGGCCAAAUGACACAGGCAUGUUUAUGUUUUCACUACCCAUUAUUUUGUUGGUUUACAGAUGUAAACUGCUGUCCAGAGCAGUGAGGACAUGGACCUUGUUGGAGAAGUAAUCUUUAUAUUUUUAAGUGAGAGUAUUUUUUUUUUUUAAAUCCCCCAAAUUCUAUGUAAAACUAAAUCAAAAUGCUAUUUUCUUUUGGAAAAGGAUAAUAUAUUUUGUAUAUAUACGUUUAUUUUUUAAGUUAAAUGUGGGUAUAGUAAACUUCUGAACACUUUUGUCUAUUCAGAGACUUACACCUCUUAUUAUGGACAGUGGGCACAAAUAAGGUCCUUUAAAAGGAAUAUUCUAGGUUCAAUACAAAUUAAGCUCAAUUGACAGCAUUUGUGGCAUAAUGUUGAUUACCACAAAAAUGUAUUUUGAGUCUUCCCCCUUUCUUUAUAAAAACAGAAACCAAGGUUUCAGUGAGGCACUUACAAUGGAAGUGAAUGGGGGCCAAUUUUUUAACAUUAAUAUACUCACAGUUUCAAAAGUAUAGUCACAAAACAUAAAUAAUAUGCAUGUAAACAUGAUUUUAGUGUUAUAACAUCACUUACUAACCUUUUCUGUGUAAAGUUAUGACCAAUUUUACAACUAUGUUACCAUGACGAUGUAAUGUCAACAAACUCUAAAACCCUAAAAUGACUGUAAAACUGUAGAUUUAAACAACUUAACUGCUCAAAUAAUACAUGAGUUUUAACAGAUGAAUUAAUGUAAGUGCUUUUAUAAAAUUAUAAGCUUCACAUUUCGGCCUUUAAACCCUCCAAAAAUUGGCCCCAUUCACUUCCAUUGUAAGUGUCUCACUGUACACAGUUUUUUGCUUUUUUUUUAAUUUAUUUAGAAAAGAACGGACGAGUCUAAAUACUUUUUUGUGGUAAUCAACAUUAUGCCACAAAUGCUGUCGAUUGAGCUUAACUUGUUCUGAACCCGGAAUAUUCUGUUAAUGUAAAGCCUUUUUAUUGGGCCCAGUUAUAGUAAGCAGGCUAUAUUUAGAUCAGUAUUUAGCGGUGACAUGAACUUGAAAUAUUGUUAAUGAGUUCUAUAAUGGUGCAAGUCUCAAAAAACACCAAAGGGCCGAUCACAAUGAAUAUGUUUUAUUGUGUUAAUCUGCCGUUUUUAAAUAGUUUUUCUAAGUAAACAUGCGCUAGAGAGACGUCUUUGACUGUUGUGUCACAUCUUGCCUGUGUUGUGUUUUAAAGAAGCUGUGUCAAGCUAAAAACAUUUAAAAACAUGUUUGGGACCUGCAUUCUGUUCAUUCGUUGCACUGCAUCUUUUUAACACAAUGCAUUCUGUCUGUGCAGCCUCUAACAUGAUUAAAACCAUGCACAUGUAUAUUGAUGUCUAUAGUUGAUAUGAUAUGUACAAUAUUGUGUCAUUUGACCACUUCCUGGAAGUGUCAGAUUUUAGCCUUUUCUGCUAUUUUAAGGAAGCGCAAAUGUAUAGUGGACCUGUCCAGAUGUGGGACGGAUCUGUUUCAUUGUAGUCCAAGCAGAAACUGCCUGAUGCACAAAAGCUGCGUUCUGAUAAAACCGAAAUACCUGGGCAAGGUGACCGAGCAUUUUUUGUUUGUUUUUUUGCAAGAUGUAACUUGCUAGUUACAUUUGUGUUGAAAUGAAAAUGACUGCCAUCAUAAGGUCAGUAUUUGCAUGAUAAAUGCAACAUUUUAAAUACAGAGUUUUAUUAGAAACCCAUUGCUUUCUGGUAACUUUAGCUCCACUGGCUAUAUGUUUUACAGUACUGGUAAGGAAUAAUUCUUUAGUGUUACAAAACUCAGGGAAAACCUCAUGUUGCCCAACUUCAAUAAAAAUGAUGGCAAAGAGUUUUUUACCUGCUCCAAAUAGAUCAUUCCUAAUAUUUUAAUGUUGUGUUUACCUAUAGAUAAACAACUGUAGAUGAAACUCCUCGACAUUCCAUUCAACAUUCAGGCAGUUUUUGUUUUGCUUCAACAACAAAAAAAUAUUUUUAAAAAUCCCUCAUCGCUAUGCAGUUAUUAGAAGUUAUUGUAUUAAGAAAUAUUUAGUUUUGCUGAAAUUAAGUUUUUUUUUUUUUUGCUGUGAGAAUGUGUAAAGAACCUUGUUGUAAUGUAAUAUCAUGCAUUAAAAUGCCAGACUGAUUAUAUGUUUAAUGUGAAACUUUUCUGUUCUGUUCAGGCUUCAAUGUCAUAGUGAAAUGUUAUUUACAGAAAAUGGGGUACAACGGGGACGGGGUAAAAGGCUCCUUUGAUUUUAUCUUCUCCCAAAAACUAAAUAGCAUCACAAACUAUCACAGGACUUUCCUAAACACCUGUUUGACACUAUGAACUGCAAAAUGUUCCUGUUCUGAGUCAUUGCGUGUAAUGUCUAAAGGUUGAUUUUGAGGCAAUUUGAGCUAAUAUUUAUGUAGCUAAUGAGUAUCCUGGAAAUUAUCACAUUUAUUUUGAGACAAAAUACCUAUUUGACAUUUUUCAUUUUAAGGUGAUUAUAUAUAAUAAUAACUGUCCAGUAAGUGAAAGGAUAGUUUUUGGGGUAAAAUGCCCCCCUGUUGCAGGGGCUAAAUGCACCUAUAAAACACACUGUUUUUCCGAAGUGGGGGGAAUAGAUCUGAUAUGAAGAAUCAAACUGACUGAUCUAAUCAUAAUGGAGAUUACAUUUUGUUUCUAUAUAGAAUACUUGAGAUGAGGUCAAAUGUGAUUGAAAUGAACAAGAAAAUAUGCUAAAUUUACUGAAGUGGUUAUUUUUGAUAAGUAUUAUCUUCAUUUGUUGCUCAAAAAAUCAUCUUGCUGUGUCAAAAGUAUUUGCAGAAGUUUACAAAUUGCUCCCUAUAACUAUUACUCCGGCAUAACCCCCCUGGUGGCCUUUUACCCCAAGUGAGGAAGCCUUUUACCCCAGGUUGUGGGGUAAAUGGCCCCCUUGUCAUAUAUUUGUAUUAUUAUUAUUCAAUACAAGCUUCUGUUAUUUAUUUCACGCAAAUGAUUUUGCUUCAUCAAUAUUCAAUCAAAAUAAAUGUAUUUCUUGAA